CUACUGAUCUACAUGCAUAGUAUAUGACGAGCAAAAAGAAAUUAUAAGAAUUAAGAAAGCAAGCGGAAAGUGACUAUAUAGUAUUAAUUUUUUUGAGGAAUCAAAAUUUUAUGCUGUAUAAUCAAUGCAGUUGAAGCAUCUUAGGACACUUCUUGCUCCUCAAGAUGGCCCAUCCAAAGUGACAGCUCUCGCUUGGGCUCCUAAUAACAGCAAACUAGCAGUGUGUACUGUGGAUAGGAUUGUACUCCUCUUUGAUGAGCAUGGGGAGAAGAGAGACAAGUUUUCAACAAAGCCUGCCAACCCUGACUUAGGUAAGAAGUGCUAUCAGGUUACUGGUCUAGUGUUCUCACCCGACUCCACUAAGAUUGUUGUUGGACAGUCUGACAAUAUCAUAUUCGUCUAUAAGAUAGGAGAGCAAUGGGGAGAUAAGAAAGUCAUUUGCAACAAAAUCAUAUUACAAAGUGCUGUCACUACCCUUAUAUGGCCUGUACAGCAGCCAACCUUUAUAUUUGGUUUAGCUGAUGGUAAAGUGAAGCUUGGUAAUGUAAAGGGAAGCAAGUCACAGACCAUUUAUUCAUCAGAAUCUUAUGUGGUAUCACUCACUUCAAGUCCUUCAGGUCAAGGUAUAUUGUGUGGUCAUGCUGAUGGUACUAUAGUGAGAUACACUUUUGAUAAUGACAGUGAACUGAGCAAGGGUCCAGUUUGUAAGCACAGUUGUUCUCCCUAUGCUCUCUCCUGGUCAUUGACUAGUAUUGUUGCUGCUGGAUGUGAUAGAAGAGUUAUGGUAUACAACCACUCUGGUAAGCCUAUCCAGCAGUUUGACUAUUCAAAGGAAGAAGAUGAGAAAGAGUUUAUGUGUUCAGCGACAUCUCCUAGCGGACAGACUGUUGUACUGGGGAGCUUCAACAGGCUCAGUUGCUAUAGAAAGCUCAUGGUUUGGUAAACCGGACAGGGCAAUACAUUAUAGCUACUCUCUCUGUCAUGGAGAUGAGCAAUCAUUCUCAAGCUGUUGGAAAAUAACUCAUUCUCUUACUGAAGGAAGAAUUAUUUAUAGAGACAGUCAGUCAGCAGGUGUCAUUUGCCUCUCUUCUCCUCCAAGCUCGAGCAUAAUUUCAUCUAACAUUGUAUAUACUGUUACUAUAAACUAUAUUAAUAGCAGUAGUACUACUACCAGAGUUUCUAGUAGUAGGAUAAGACCUAGUUCCAGUAGUUUGUCGACUAGUAGCGUAUCAUCUUCUAGCUGUAUGAUCAGUAGCAGCAGUAGCAGUAUAUUCUCUACCACCAUUAACAGUGUAUUAUCUACUACUACCAGUGUAACAUCUGCAAUUAACAGUAAAUUGUUUUAUUCUACCAUUAAAUCACCUACUAUAUACCAGCAGCAGGAUGUCAUUUCAUAAUAGUGUAUCAGCUAUCAUCAACAGUGUUUCAUCUUCAAGUGGUUGUGACAGUGUAUCAGCAAAUGCACAAAAUAAUUCACAGUUCCUAGGUUCUAUUGGAGUUGUCAUUGUCCUUGCUGUUCUUAUAUAGUUUUGUUAUCUGUUGUUGGAUGUGCAGUACUUGCAUGGUGUGUGAGGACUAAUGUAAAGAAAGAAAGGUCAACAAAUCGUUCUCUUCCAGGAAUGCAAAUGCCAAGCUCCCAAUAUCAGAUGAUUGUCAAUCAAGCUACUGAUGCUGAUCCUAAAGACAGUUCAGAUGAGGAACUAUCAGGAACGUCUGAACAAGGAGUUUAUGAUAAAGAAACAGAUGAGAAAGAACCACUUUGUGAAUUGUCUGUGCAGUUGUUAGUGUUCACUUGGUUGUUUACAUUUUUUGUUCUUUCUGUGUUUGCAUUGAGUUCAACUUACUAAACUGUCA